CCAAACUGACUGCAGAGAGAGACCAGCUACAGAACAGUUAUGGCUCUGUGGUUCGUCAGCUUCAGAAUCAGGGAGACUGUCUUCAGAAGUUCUCUAAUUUGGAGGCAGCAGCACAGCAGGGCUGGACAUUUUUCAAGACCAGUAUGUACUUCAUCUCUACUGGAGGGAAGAAGAGCUGGAGUGAGAGCAGACAGGACUGCAGAGGGAGAGGAGCAGACCUGGUGAUCAUAAACAGCAGAGAAGAACAGAACUUUAUUGAAAUACUGAGACGAGGACAGAGAGCUUGGAUUGGACUGACUGACAGUGAGAAAGAGGGGGCCUGGAAAUGGGUGGACGGCUCAGCACUGAUCACUGGGUUGUGGGGAAGUGAUGAACCCAAUGGUGCAGCAGGAGAUGAGGACUGUGUCGUAACUGGUGACAAGUCUGAUCCUGUAAAUAACUGGGCUGAUUAUCCCUGUAAUGACCGGUUUGUUUGGAUUUGUGAGAAAAGUAUUUUUGAGUUCAUCCUUAACAAUAUGGGCAGCAGUCGAGCUUGGAUUGGUCUGACUGACAGCGACAUGGAGGGAGUCUGGAAAUGGGUGGACGGAUCAGCUCUGACCACUGAGUUCUGGGCUCAAGGAGAACCAAAUGAUCAGAAUAAUGAGGACUGUGGUGAGAUUGUGAAUGUGCUAAAUAAGAAGGGCUGGAAUGACAGACCAUGCUCUUACAAAGAAGGGUGGAUCUGUGAGAAAAGCGUUUCAGUGGUAAACUGAUAUUGACUAAUAAAAUGUUAAAAUUUAUCAGUGGCCACCAACUCUGAUCCUGGAGAUUUACUUUGAUAUGGAGUCACAUAUACAGUCUGUCACA